GCUGUCCUAGCAUCCCCUGCUCCACCUGCACCCCAGACAGCAAUGGGCUCAGGACUGUGUGGCUGUCUGGUCUGCUGUGAGCCUGAAGGCUGGCUAUCUGUCCCAUCAGUGGGAGACUGGGAUCCUGGAGCCUCUGGGGUGUUGGCAUUCUAGCCCUUAAGAUUCUCUGAUCCACCAAUCAUCAUGAAAUGCCAGAGGGCAUUUUAUAUUACCUGCUCUGGCCUAGCUACAAGCCUAUGUCUGUGACCCACUGAGCUUUCCCCAGAUGCUGAGGAUAGUGAGAAGGGCAGACCUGAAGGUGGUGUGUGUUCGUGGAUCCUCUUCCAUGACUUACAGGAAGGAGCUCAGCCUGCUGACUUCUCAGUGCUGGUCUCCCCUUUCUUUCUCUGAAGAGACCAGCUGAGCUGCCUAUCCCCUUCUCCUGCCCAUCGAAGGCCCACAGUGUGUCUGUGCUGGGGCCUCACAUCUGACAGUUCUGCUUGCCUGGCCCAUGUGUGCAGAGGACUGGGCUGAGUGAAAGCUUGCUCUCAGGGACGAUGGCAGCCCUUCAUACCAUUCUGGAUUCACCAGCUACCCAGCUUGAGAGGGUGGAGGACGGGUCUGAAUGUGAUCCUGACCAGGAGGAAGAGGAGGAGAAGGGGAAAGAUAUGGAGGAGGUGGAAGAGGAGGAGGAAGAGGAGGAAGAAGAAGAGGAAGAGGAGGAGGAGGAAGAGGAAAUAGUUGUAGAAGAGGAGGAGGCAGAGGAAGUGGCAGAGGUCGUGGAGGAAGCCGAAGUGCAGGAGGUGGCAGAGGUGGAGGUAGAGGCAGAGUUUGAGGGGGACAACGAUGAUGACGAGGAGGAGGAAGAAGACGGCGAUGACAGUGACAACCACGAUGUAGAGGAAGUACUGGCAGGGGAGCAGAGUCCAGGGCUCGGGAUCCAAGAGCAACUUAGCCAUGGUGGUGAUGCCAAGUCCCCAGUUCUGGCAAAGGCCCCACAGAUGUGCCCCAGUCCAGCCGAUGUUCAGGAUGAGGAUCUGGAGGAAGAAGAGGAGGAGGAAGAUGAUGAGGAUGAGGAUGAGGAUUUCCUGACAGCUGGGUCUCAGGGGCUGGUGACUUUUGAAGAUGUGGCUGUGUACUUCUCCCUGGAAGAGUGGGAAAGGCUGGAUGCAGACCAGCGUGGCCUCUACCAGGAUGUGAUGCAGGAGAACUAUGGGAUCCUGGUGUCCUUGGGAUACCCAGUCCCCAAGCCAGAUUUGAUCUUCCGCCUGGAACAUGGGGAAGAGCCUUGGGUCCCAGACAGCCCUCAUCCUGAGGAGGGAGACAUUGUCACUGGCGUCUACACAGGAGCCUGGUAUUGGACCGAUGACAUGGAGGACCACGAGGAGGAAGAUGAUGAGGACUUCCUGGCAGAGAUGGCUGAAGAGGAAAAUGAACCCCCAGGGUUGUGGUCUGCGGCCUAUGGUGUGGGGGAUGUGCCAGGGACAUGGGGCCCCGAUGACUCGGAUUCUGCACAGACUCCAGAGGGCUGGGGCUCUGACUCUGGCAACCUUGGGGUCCUGGCUGAGGAGUCUGAGGCAAAGUCUUUUCUGCCUGGCCAGGAGCCAGGCACAAACCUGGUGGCACCCUGGGCCUACCCCACUCCAGUGGCUGCAUCGACUGGGCGGCCGGAGACUACAUGUGACGUGUGUGGCAAAGUGUUCCCACACCGGUCGCGUCUAGCCAAGCACCAGCGCUACCACGCAGCGGUCAAACCUUUUGGCUGCGAAGAGUGUGGCAAGGGUUUUGUGUACCGCUCGCACCUGGCUAUCCACCAGCGCACGCACACGGGCGAGAAGCCCUUUCCGUGCCCGGACUGCGGCAAGCGCUUCGUUUACAAGUCGCACCUGGUCACGCACCGGCGUAUCCACACGGGCGAGCGGCCCUAUCGUUGCGCUUUCUGUGGUGCCGGCUUUGGGCGCCGCUCCUACCUUGUCACGCACCAGCGCACGCACACAGGUGAGCGGCCCUACCCAUGCACGCACUGCGGCCGCAGCUUCAGCCAGAGUUCUGCUCUUGCGCGGCACCAGGCCGUGCAUACUGCUGACCGGCCGCACUGCUGUCCCGACUGUGGCCAGGCCUUUCGCUUGCGUGCUGACUUCCAACGCCAUCGGCGCAGCGGUAGCUGCGCGGAACCCGGCGGCGAUGGCCCACGGCGGGAGCCCUGCGAGGCAGCCCCUGCACCGGGGCCAGGGGAGCCUGAGACCACACCCCAGGAACCCGAAGAGCCGGAGGUCGACACGGAAGGGGACCCUGAGGCUGAAGUGAGGGAGGAGAUGGCAGCUGCAGAGGUGCCCGCCUCUGAGAGCAAGAAGGACUCUGAGUCGAGCAGACGGUUCCUGGAGAUGGACAAUGGCUUGGGCGAAGGUGAAGGCCCCUCUUCGCACCCUCUCGGCUUCCACUUUCCUGUGCACCCCAAGUCCUGGCUGCACCCGGAGGGCUUUCAGAUCCUGGGCCUUCCUGACUUUGGGGAGCGUCUGUCAACCGACGGGCGCACCCUGCCAGGACCACUGGGGGCCCCCCUCGCGCUGGCAGAGAGCACGGGACUGGCCCGGGACCCAUUCGGCGGGAGUGGGGCUGGGGCUGGCUUGGGGCUGCGCGUAUUCGCGCCCGCUGUUGGGGGCUUGCUGGCCGAGCCGGCGCCAGCCGCACUGGCCGAGGAGGAGAGCCCGUGGAUUUGCUCGGACUGCGGCAAGACCUUUGGGCGCCGCGCCGCGCUGGCCAAGCAUCAGCGCUAUCACGCCGGCGAGCGGCCCCACCGCUGUGCCGACUGCGGCAAGAGCUUCGUAUACGGCUCGCACCUGGCGCGCCACCGGCGCACGCACACGGGAGAGCGCCCCUUCCCGUGCCCUGAGUGCGGUGCACGCUUUGCUCGCGGCUCGCACCUGGCGGCGCACGUGCGCGGCCACACCGGCGAGAAGCCGUUCGUGUGCGGUGUGUGCGGCGCAGGCUUUAGCCGCCGCGCGCACCUGACAGCGCACGGGCGCGCGCACACGGGCGAGCGGCCAUACGCGUGCGGGGAAUGUGGCCGCCGCUUUGGGCAGAGCGCGGCGCUGACGCGGCACCAAUGGGCGCAUGCCGAGGAGAAGCCGCACCGCUGUCCCGACUGCGGUAAGGGCUUCGGUCACAGCUCGGACUUCAAGAGGCAUCGGCGCACACACACGGGCGAGAAGCCCUUCCGCUGCGCCGACUGCGGCCGCGGCUUCGCGCAGCGGUCUAACCUGGCCAAACAUCGGCGCGGCCACACAGGCGAGCGGCCCUUCCCUUGCCCCGAGUGCGGCAAGCGUUUCUCACAGCGCUCAGUGCUCGUGACGCACCAGCGCACGCACACCGGAGAACGGCCCUACGCGUGCGCGCACUGCGGCCGCCGCUUCUCGCAGAGCUCGCACCUGCUUACGCACAUGAAGACGCACCGCGGCGCGGCUGGCUCAGCUGGGCAGGCAGGGGCGGCAGCGACUCCUGCGGCGAAGGCCGAAGUGCCCGCUAGGGGGCAGCUGAGUGCAGGGUCGGUGUCUGGGGAGCUCGGGAGUACGCUGCUGGAGUUCGCGGGCGGCACGAGCUUUGGCUCCGAGGCUGCGUUUGCAGGGCCUUCGGCCACCUAUGAGGAGAGCUAGGCCACCGGCCCCGUGCCUUUCUCCUCUGGUCUCCACGCGUUGAGGAUCCCCGUCCUGGGCGCGGUGCCUUCCCCGAUGCACUGCCUCCUGCCCCUCCCCAGGCUUCGGGAACCCCUCCUGCUGGGCCCCAGUUCUUGAGGUGUUGUGGGGAGCACGCUGGAGAGCAGAACACCUGGGCAGCCAGGUUAGGGCUGUUACCCUUCACCUACCUAGACUGCAACAUCCCUGGGUCCGACCUGCAAAGCAGAGCGGUUGAGAUGGUGGACGAGGCUAUUUAUUUUAUUCGGAUUUCAAUUCAGGUGGCCCAGAUAACAAGCAAUUUAGGAGUAUGCAGCCAGGUUCGACGGCGAGGGGAGGGUGGGGUGAUGGCAGUAGAGCAACCAGUUGUUCGGGUGGGUCAGCGCUGAUGUCUGGAUCACUUGUGGGUCUGGCCAAUGAGUUCUUCCCAUUCAUCAGUGAGAGGUUCAGGGAUCUGCGGGGCAUUGGAGAGUGUCUGCGAAGUUGUAAGAACUGCUGUUUGUGAGGGAGAGCUGUGUAGGUUUCCGAAGGGCACAGUUCCUCCGUAUCCCGGGAGAUAGAGGUGGGAAUGGGAAAGCUUUUAUUCUGUCGACUGUGGAUAUUUAUUUCCAUCUCUUAUAAGGCCUAAAGAAUGUGAGGGAGGAAGAGGAGGAGGAGAAAAAGCCAGAAACCAAAUCUGUGGCCCGGGUGAAUGGAUUGGGGUAUCAGCAGGGUCCACAGGGAUAGUUUGAACCCCUAUUCUUUGGCCUCAUAUUCUCCCUGCCCCUUUCCCUCAGCACUAAGUUGGGGCAGGUCUAGCUAGCAGGGUCGCUUUUUGUCCCUUCCCCCCACCUCUGUCAGUUGGAUGUAGCACGUUCAGGAAUCAUGGCGGUGCCCUAUCUACAUACAGACUGGUCUCCUGGGCUGCUGCCUCUCCCAGAGUAGGUGGUCACAUGGAACCCUGCCCUCCUGAGUCUGCUGCUCAGGUGACAUAAAGCACUGGGGUUGGUCCACAGAUCUUUCCCCACAUCCUGUGAUAAGUGCCCAAGAACCUCCACAGGUCCCUUUAACUCUACUGCCAUUAUUCUACACAUCAUUAAACAGCAAGCAGUGUUUCUGUCUAAAUGCCCAUUCACGAGGGUUAGUGGUGGCACUGAGGACCUGGCAGUUCCCACAGUGGCUGGAGGGGUGGGGAUCUGAGCUCAUAACAUCUAAUUAUGUAAGAUCCCUGUGGGUGGCCAUCCCAUCUCUAGAUAAGACUAUUGGGAGCCACUAGCCAGUAGCAGUAGCUAUGGCAGUGGUGGCGAGCCUAUGGCACACAUGGCACAGCUGGCUGCUUGGAAACUAAAAGGUUUACCAUCAGUGAGCUAGGGCAUGGCUCAUGUGAAGCCCCCUCCCUUCUUGCUUUUCGGGCUGGAUCAGAGAACUGAGAUGUUGAAGCACCUGCAUUUGCUCUUAGACCUAGUUUUUCCAUUUUAGUGUAGAUAUGGCCUUGGGGGGUGAGGGCCAGCAGCCAGGCUGCUAGGGGCUGGGUGGGGUAGCAGGUGAGGUAGUGAUGGGUGGGAGGACUACCCAGGCAGUGAGAACUAGCCUGGCAUGGAGGUUGUAGGAUGGGCUGGUGAGGAAGGCAGGGGGACCCAGGGAGGCAUCAGGAGCACUGGGCCCUGGCCUCUGUCUCAGGUGUCUCCCCUUAUGUUUUCUGGGUCACAAGCCUCUGAAAGGACCAAAGGCUGGGGCAGCUGGGUGGCUUGGAGUAUCUUGGGCAUUGCCCUACAUGGCCCAUCCCUGGCAGCAUUCAUUCCUGACCCUCUUGGACCCCAGCUGCUUCUGUCCUGUCCUGGAUCUGUCAGGAGGAGGACUUAGCUUUAAUAAUAAAGAGUGGAAAA